GCACAGUUUCGCAUUGAUUUCAUCAUGCAUCCAUUGGUGGUCACAUUCAGUUUCUGCCUGCUCUUGGUCGCAGGACAAUCGGCGGUGGAGCCCCAGGACUCCCAGGAGCUGCCUGAUAGCACCACCACGUUCGUUGUAGAUGGCUUUCCAGAUGAGGCCCAAGAGCUGCCCGACAUAGUCGCGGAGAGCGCUGAUGUGAUUAAGAUGGAUGCCCACAAGAUCAACUGGCUGCCCGUGUGGGAGGAGCAGGAGCAUGUACGAAUCGCGCGGGAUGUGGCCGAGAAGCCAGUCGCCAGCACAGCCAGGACCGAGCAGUCCGCACCCAAGGACACGGUGGAGCUGGUCCUGCUGGCCAAGGAGAACAAGGAGUGCCCCACCAGUGCCGAGCGUGGACUAACCAACCUAAUUCGCGUGGCCCGCCCACUUUUGCCCGCUUCCCAGCUGAAAAACAUCCUGGCAAAUGCCGCCGAGGAUACCCAGGUGCGGGAGUUGAUCAAGUUGCUCCGCAGCGAUGGCUUCAAGACGCAAGUGCAGCUGCUAAAGGCCACCAAGCAGCACCAGCUGCUCCAUGACUAUGUCUGCCGGCGGCUCCAGCUGGAUCCCACCUACUACGCGGAGUUCGUGCGCGUGUUCCUCGACAUCCACAUCUCCGACCCGCCGACCAGUAAGUUGCCCAGCCGCCGCCCCGGAGUCCGCGGACUCCUCCUGGAUCUCCGGGACGCCCUGCCCCGCGCCGCCCUCAGGGAUAUGUACCUGCGGCUCUACUCCUCCGACUCGGAACUCUCGAGCGCCGUCCGCCUCAUCCGCGGCUCCGAGUUCCGGCGGCUGCUGCGCGAUCUGCGCCAGCUGAAGGAGUACCGCUCCCUGGCCGCCGAUCUGGAGAAGAUUGGUGUUCCUCUGCGCCAGCUGCAGCAGCUGGUGGCUAGCGCCCUCGGCUGGACCAACACGGACAUGGCCGGGGAGACCGUCAUCUGGAGUCUUUAGGUGACGAACGUCUCCACAAUUCUUCCUUUUCAUUUGUAACAAAUUGCAUCGAAAUAUCUAGAUAUUUUCAGCUUACGGCUCUGGCAAUCUUUGAGAUACUUAAUGAAAAGCAUGAAAUUCAAAAGAGCCUAUGAGUAACAGUUUCAAGCCUCUGACUUUACUUUUAAACCAACUAUUCCUUUUUUAUUUCAAAGUGUAUUUCACGACAAGUUGUGCAUAAAUAAAUUAUAAAAUUU